CAUCUUUGUUGCUAGUCAAACUUUUGAAAAUCUUUCGUCUAUCAGAUAAAAUGGAUAUAAAUAUAGUUAUGUUGAUUAUUUUGAGAUACUGAAUCAUGCGGAGGAAAGAUGGGUGACUGUCCAAUGAUUCAUGUAUGUGUAGAAAGCAAUGCAGAGAACCUUAUGACAGGAUUGGAUCUUUUAUAAAAUUGUGAUAAACUGGAGAAGGUCUACAAAAUGGAUUCCAGUGGGGACUCAAAUAACAAUCUAUCAAAUACAGCAGUUCAAGAUGAUCUCAUACGUGGCAAUGAACAACCCUAUAUCAAAGAUAAUCUCAGACAGAAUAAUAAUACUGAAGCUCUUGGUGAUACAAAAAAUGAAUUCACAGAGCAUCUUAGUGAGCCCAAUGUCAAAGGCUUCAGUAGUAUUCUGACUUCUGCUAAACAAAAAACUGAAAUCUCCUCUGAUGGGAAACUACAAAAUAAGGAUACUCAAAUGAAUGAGAUUGAAUUGACGAAUGGAGAACUACAAAAUGUGGACUUGGAAUUAAAAGAGGAUGACAUUUUUAAUGAGAUCAAAGAAACAGUGAAAAGGGUCAGAAGUAGACAUAAUUCUGUUUCGUCGACACAAAGUUCAGAAAUUGGAAGUACAGAUGGUCCAGUCAUCAAAACAUCUAUUAAUUUUAAUUCUUUGCCAUAUGGAUUUAUACCCAAAGCUACAUAUGAACAUAAUAAGAAGUAUACAGAUAUUAUGGGAGUGGCCUACAAUGGCAGGAUGCACCAGUUUAUCAUUCUGGAUACCAAAGGUGGAACUUGUUGGAGCAAGGAUGCUGUGGACAAUCAAGUUGACAGGGUGCUGUCAUACCCAAAGUAUGAACACAGGGUAAUCAUUGACAUAGUGUAUGCCAAGAAGCAUAAUGUUUACUUUGCACUAGGAAAGGACUUCUCGUUAAAGGUGCUAAACAGAGAUUUCUAUGAAGUGUGUUCAGUGAGUGCUGAUCUCAGGUCUGUACUCUUUAUGCUCUUCAAUCCUGUCAGAGAUGAACUGAUCACUGGUGGAGUAGGAGGAACACGGAUCUGGGCAUUUCGACAAGUGGCAGAAUCCAGCUUCACAGAAAUAAAAGCCAUGGCUAACUACAGAUUACAACUCAAGUAUGAACUGGAGAAUGUUGGAGGUAGCUGGGUAAAGAGGGUUGAGCUGGACCAGUAUCUUCAGCACCUGUACUGUUGCUCAGAUACUGACCUUACUGCUUACGACCUGCAGGGAAACCAGAUCUUCAAGUUUGAAAAUGCCCAUGCCAUGUCUAUCACAGGCUGCAGAUAUUCCCUCCACUGUAGACUCCUAGUCACGUCAUCUGUGGACACUGAAGUGAAAGUUUGGAGUAUUUCUGGGGGUCAUAUCCAUACAUUCAGGGGGCAUGCUAGGGCCAUAUCUAACCUGAUCUUGCACCCUGAUACAUCGAGCCUUGUCCUCACCUCCUCUUUAGAUGGUACAGUGAGAAUGUGGUCUCUCGACACCAUGGACUGUCUAUACUGCCUGACUGUGUCCAGUGAUGGAGUAUUAUGGAUGGGACUGACAGAUGAAAAUUUGUUGUACCUCAGUACACUUCGCAAUAUCACACUAUGGUCUGUGAAUAACGUCACUCAGUUCUGGGCCAUGGCUCGCAAUAAAGUCAACUCCUUGUCACUAGUCUCAGGGGAGGAUAAGUCUACUAGGGUCCUUGCCAUUGGAGAAGAUAGUAGCAUUCGUGUCUUCGCAAGAAAGACACAGAAGAAUAUGUCGACAGUUCUCCCACCCCCCUCCCUGUCCCCAUUACAGCAUGUGAAGGGAGUGGCCUACAAUCGUUCAUUCAGCCUCAUCUUUGUACUUAUCACAUAUAAGGAGAUCUGGGUCUACACAGCAAGAACUGACCCAGCAUGUAGAAUAGCAAUAUGGGAUGUAGGACAGCUACAGGAAGCCUAUGUAUUAAGGAGUAACACACCAGCUGAUGAGGCGAACAAUGGGGGUCAGAAACCAAGGAAGUCAGCUGGUAUGUUUGACAAGAGAGGUGUGGUCCACAGGUCCUCUGAGAAUGGAGUGGGGAAUGAGGGCAUAUGUGAGUGUUACAGCUUAUGUGCCCUCAAUUCACCAGUCUCAUAUUGGGGAGAAGAAGGCUACUGCUGCCCUAUUAAACAAAACUUCCUUUUACUUGGCCUAGAUGAUGGUCGAAUAUUAUUCAUGGAUCCAGUAAUGAAGGGACAGAAAUAUAUGGAAUUCAAGGCCAGCAAAGAUGCUAUACUAGAUUUAAAGCAUGAUGCUGUAUAUAAUACACUGAUCACAAAGUGUCACAGCCAGGUUGCAGCCAUCAUUCAGAUUUGGUCUCUGCCACAACUUCAACUCCUGCAUGACAUCUACACAUCAUUUGAUAUUGUUGCCUAUGCCAGAUUGGAGAAAGUACUACUGAGUGGACAUACAACAGGAUCAGUUCUACUGCAUAAUCUUCUACCUACAGAGGAUGUGGGCCCUCAGAAACCAAAAGUUGUUAAGGGACUUGAGGAGAUGGCAGCACCAAGACCUGGGGAGAAUAAUGAACACCAUGCAUCUAUUGUUAGUGUAGAUGUUUGCACAAAACUCAAUAUAUUUGUAACUGCAAGCUGUGAUGGAGCUAUUAAGAUCUGGGAAUGGAACAAGACCCUCCUGACAGAGCUGUUUGUAGAUGAUACCCUCACAUCUGCAUGUUUCUUGAAUACAAUUGGAGACCUUCUGAUUGCCUACAAUAACCACAUAUUCUAUAUAGACCAUAGUAAAUUGUGCCCAACACUUAGUAGAGAUGUAGUUGAUGAUGACUGCAUGAAUGAAGUGGAAUCUGAUGUAUUAGAAGACCCUUAUGUGAAGUAUGAAGGAAUGGUGCCCAACCCAGACCCAAUUGACCUGGAAUCCUACCUUGUACCCUAUAGCAUUGAGUUCUCUAAGGACUUCCUGGAAGGCAAAAUGGCCCUGGAGGAAGACAAUGUAGAGCAACAUAUGGGAUCAGAUCAGGAGGACUCGGAUGGAACUGUGUCCGAUCUGUCUUGUGCUCCAACUGACAUCUACAUAUCACCCGCGGGUACCCCUAGGCGCCUCUCAAUGCUGGACCUGACGUUAACUGAUGCAUAUAGCAAGUAUGAUCUAGAUGAUCAGCUUGGACUCUCUACAGCUGAGUUGCUUAAAACAACUCGUCGGAAAAAACGUCGUGCAGCUAUUGUGAGAUUUGAUAAAGAUGAUGAUCUUGAUUUUGAGAUGCCCAAAUUUGGUGAAUCGCCAGGGCCUACUCCAACCCCCUCUCCUCCCUCAACUCCACCCACCCCCAGGAGUCCUUCUGUCUCUGAGGGAGGAGCUAGCACAGAGGAAGAGGUGUCAGAUGCUGAGAGUGAACAUUCUUUCCAACCUAUAAACAUUCCUGGAAAUCUCUAUCGGCCCAAUAGCCAAAGAUAUGUCCAAGAACCCUCUAAAACACCUUCUAUCCUCAAAGUCAAAGCCCAGGGUGAAAAAACAAAAGUGCCAUCUAAGCAUGUUGAGUUCUCACCUCUGUAUAGAUGGCCUAGGUUGCCAGAUCCAAGUCCUAAAGUGUCACAGGAAGUAGUCAAACCAGUGUCUGAGAAACCUCAGGAGAGGGAGUCAAAGUUUGCUGGGAUCAAAAUUGAUGUUAAUGCACUGAUGAAAUCUGGGAAGAAACCUCCUCUGAGACAGACUCCAAGCAGUACUCCUGAACCAAAGCCAAGUGCACCCUCACCAGUGGAACAGAGAGCAGUGCGUGAGGUCAAAAAGAAAGAGUUGAGUGGUGAUAGGAAACGUAUUCACAGUGGCACCAGACGUCCUGUCAGACCACCUCAGGAUGGCUCUAAGUCUACCAGCAGCAAAGCUAAGCUGAAUAAAGCUACUAAGGCAACCUACAGGGCCCCUAGGGGUCAGCAAUCUGUAGGUGGGGAGCUAAGCACACCCAGAUCUACCAGUCAAUAUAACACACAGAUGUUAACCCUAAGUCCCAGAGGAUCGAAAUCAAAGGCUAGUUCAAGACCACAUAGGAGGUCAAAAGGUUUAAUGAAUCAGCUUUCAUCAAGUCUGUCCCAAAAGUCAAACAGUGAAUUGGUUACAGAUGUGGGGAACAAAGAAUCUGCUACAGAAUCUGCAGGAAAGACUUCUGGGACAUCAGUAGCAGUCACCAAUCUUGAGAUUCCUGAGAGAGCACAGGGAAUGUCUGGAUUCAAAGGCAGCAUAAGAUCAAAGAAGAAGAAGAUUCCUAUUGGUGCUAUGAGUGUAACAUCUAAAAAGAGUGCCAGUGGUUCGGGGAGUAAGCCUGGAGUCGGGAAAUCCCCAACUGCUGAACUGGAGGGACAGGGUGAAGAUGAAUCUACAACAGAACAUCAAGGAGAUGCUGAAGCUGAGAACGAUGCAGUGGAAACCAAGGCUCUGACAAAGAAAAAGAAAUAUGGCUUAGAUGCAGGAAAGGAUUUUGGAAAAGAACUUUUAGAGUUUGAUGCCGCAUCCAGUAUAAGAAUACCAGGAGUAGAUACAGGCAAUGAUAUGGCAAGUCUAUUCACCGAUAAUGACAAUAAUAUGGCACAAUAUGACGCAUACGCCAAAACAGAAACACCAAGAGGGACACCAAUAGGACGACUCCCAACUCCAAUGGGCCGCGUUGCCACACCAGGGAGUGUGAUGAACCUUGACCCUAAGCUACUGAACCAAGAUGACGGCCUCCAUCAAUCUGACCUGAAUCUGAUUGAUCAAAGACCCAUGUUUGACAUUGCUGGCAGAGUCAGUGCUAUGGGUCAAAGGUCAAGGAUGUCACCAAGAGAUGAGGAGGUGCUCUCUGAGACGGAGAAAAGAAUGUUGCUGCAGCGACCUUCCACAUCCUUCCACAGGAGAACAGAAUCACCAGCAUCAUCACAAAAAGAAGGUUCUCUGAGAGCUAGGCCUUCUACAGGGCUACAAGGACCAGGUGUAAGGGCCAAUUCUGAGCUAGAAGAUGCUUUUAUUGAGACCCUGAUCAGGUACCAGAGCAGAAGCACUUUACAGACCCCCAUAGAUAUGGAAAAACUGUACAAGAAUGAUGGAAAUUCAUUUGAGGAGAACUGGCAAGGCAGAAUAAUUGAUAGGCAUUUGCUGCUGAAGAUGCAACGAGACCUCCGUGCCCAGAGUGCCAACCAGAAGCGCCACCUGUUGGAUGUCCGCCAGAGAGAGAAACGAAGAUCUCUGCUGGGCCACAGAGAAGGAUAUACAACCCAAUCAGACACAUCCUUACAUGUGUUACAAGUAGAGCGGGCAAACAGUGCACCAACUGGAACAAUGAAAGAACGUCUGCUUGCAAGGUCAAAAUCUGCUCACCAGAGGCCACCACUAAGGCCCAAAUCUGCAUUUAUGCAAUACAAAGAGGAAGAGGAUCUGAGUGCCAAAUGGCCAUUUAGGCAUAGCUUGAAACCAGGGAUCGAAGCAUUAGCUGAGAAGAUCCCAAGGGAGGAGGAUUUGGACAUGAGACUAAUGGACCCUAGGAACCCUAUCUCCCAUGUCUUACGCCAACCAGUCAAGUCUAUACCCAGCAAGUGCAAUCGUUACAUUCUAGUCACAAAGGAAAGAGAGAAAAAUAAACAGCCGAUGGCUACACCUUUAGAAGAACAACUAAUAGCAGCCAGAUUUCCAACAUUUAAGAAGAAGUGGUUAAAGGAAUCAGAACCCCGAAGGAAAUCUAUAGCAAAUUAUAUGAACCUGGCUGGUUUCCAGGUUUAAAGACAUUAAAGCAUCAAUAGAACAUGAGAUUAUUUUAUUUAUUUGAUGAUGAGACAGUAUACGCAGUUUUACCAAACAAUUUUCAUAUUCCGUCCACAUAAAUAAGCAGUCAGAGGGUGUUCUUUUAAAAGCACUCCCACAAGAACACCCAUUGCGAUUUGAAACAGUUAAUUUUUUAAGGUACAUUUCAAUGUGUAGUAUAUAUCUGUAUGAUCUGGAGCAUCAGGUUUUACCAUUUAUCACUUGUUAUUUAUUUAGCAUAUAGGCAAUGUGCCCAUGGGUAGUUUUAUUGAGUUAAAAUACAACCAUAUCAACCAACUUAAUAUGUAAAGUUGGAUUAAUUUUCUUUUUUAUUUUAUGUUCGAUUGUAUUUGUAUGUAAUAUUGCAAAACUCAGGAAAAUAUGUUAUUUUUGUUUCUUUGAUUUCAUUUUGAUUUAUAUUUCAAAAAUGAGCAAUAAUUUUAAUCAGAUUAAAAUACUGAUAUUCCAUCCAAGGUUUAUACGACAAAGUUUUAUUUUAUUUUGUAUUAAGUUUUCAGAAACAUAAUUAAUAUGGUACAAGAAAAAUUGAAAUAAAUAUUAUUUAUAUAAA